CUUGAAAGCACUUGGUCGAUUUAUAUAUGUUGAAAUAAUCUGUAAUACAUUUACUGGUAAUAUUUAGAGUGGGUAAUCCUUAAUCAUCUUCAUGCUCAGUUCCUUAUUUCAGUGAGCAUUUUCCAAUUUCAUCAAUUUGGCAUUUAUAAAAAUUUUCUCUUCAAAUACAGGGCACCAUCAUGCUGAAUACAACGGAGUAUGACAACAGCACCACGCCCGUCUCUUAUGAUGAAGACUACACUGUCAGUGCGAUUGGUGUCAUCUUCCCGUUCAUGUUCUUUAUUUGCUGUGUAUCUUGGAUGUUCAAAUCCAUCUGUAAGCGGACUUCAGCUGAUCGUAACUGUAUCUGUGAUAUGAUUGAAUCUUGCGGUUCUUGCAUAUCCAGGUCUUUACACACACUUAUCUCUAAAUGUUCUUCUGCAUGUGAAAGUUUGAGAGAGUAUGUCAAUGACUGCACUAGGAGUUGUGAACGCGAAAGUGAAAAUACGGACGCUGUAGCGCCAUCUGCACCACCGGUUAUAUCCCAACCGUUAUCAGAAAUCAAUGGACAUGAUGCCAAUCAAAAUGCCGAAGCUCUUCCAGAUAGCAUGGCCCCUCCCCCGUCCUAUAGCAGCAUAGUCUCUGAUCCUUCUCAACCACCUCCCAGUUAUGAAGAAGUCAUGAGAUGAAGUUCAGUGCUGCCAUUGGCUGGGAAUACAGCUUCCGGUGUUGCUACACCAGAAAUAUCAAAUCUGCUGCUAAUGGCUAAUCGCUAACCAUUGACUUCGAAAGAUCGUGGAACUAAAUGAGUUCAGAUGAACAGUCAAGGAAUUUGUUGUUACUCUUUUUUUUUCCUUGUCCGAAUCGGAUAAUGCUGUGGGUAUGGAUGGCCCCUAUAUAAGAUAAGAUCUUUCUGGAAGAAACACUGGGGUAAGAUGAGAGGAGAUAAGCGUAUACGGAUACUUACCGGAAUGGCCAAAAUUAUAUUAUGAACAUGUUUUAAUAUGUUUCAUUGUUAUUUAGUUUGUUUUACAAGUAAAUAUAUGAUUUCGCUUUUCAAUUAUAGCCAAAAUUGAGUUAACAUCAAUUAACUAGUUCCAGUUAAGCAAUAAUUGGACUAGUUUCUGAAAACUUUAUUAAGAAAAAUACACCGAAAGAGGAAUUAUACAUAAUUGC